AUGGCGCAGCAAGAAAAUCAACCUGACCGACUAAAAUUCUGCUGUUCGAUCUGUCUGGAUUUACUGAGGGUUCCUGUGACGAUUCCCUGUGGACACAGCUACUGUAUGAACUGCAUUAAAACCCACUGGGAUGGAGAGGAUCAGAAAGGAAUCCACAGCUGCAGUCAGUGCAGGAAAACCUUCGUUCCACGGCCUGUGCUGGAGAAAAACAUCAUGUUAGCUGAUUUAAUAGAAGAGCUGAAGAAGACUGGACUCCAAGCUGCUGCUGCUGAUCACCGCUAUGCUGGACCUGAAGAUGUGGCCUGUGAUUUCUGCACUGGAAGAAAACUGAAAGCCAUCAAGUCCUGUUUAUUCUGUCUGGCCUCUUUCUGUGAGAAACACCUUCAGCCUCAUCAUGAUUCAGCUACAUUUAAGAAACACAAGCUGGUGGAGCCGUCCAAGAACCUCCAGGAGAACAUCUGCUCUAAGCAUGAUGAGGUGAUGAAGAUGUUCUGCCGCACUGAUCAGAAGUGUAUCUGCUAUCUCUGCUCUGUGGAUGAACAUAAAGGCCAUGAAACAGUGUCAGCUGCAGCAGAAAGGACUGAGAGGCAGAGAGAGCUGGAGGAGAGACGAGGAAACAUCCAGCAGAGAAUCCAGGACAGAGAGAAAGAUGUGAAGCUGCUUCAGCAGGAGGUGGAGGCCAUCAAUCUCUCUGCUGAUAAAGCAGUGGAGGACAGUGAGAAGAUCAUCACUAAGCUGAUCCGUCUCCUCCGGAAAAGAAGCUCUGAUGUGAAGCAGCAGAUCAGAUCCCAGCAGGAAACUGAAGUGAGUCGAGUCAAAGAU